AUGGGAUCAUGGGUUGAGAACUUGUUGAAAGCUAACUAUGGAAUUGGUGGAGUGGUGGUUGAUAGAUUUGAAGGUGGUGAUGGCCCGUACUGCUUCGAGAAGGCUGUGGUAAUGAGGCAUGGUUUGGGGAGGAUGGGGGAGGAGAGGAAGAUGGAGGUUUUUGAAUUGUUGACAUGUAAGGCUAGGGAGGUUUGUGGGUUGAAAAUGAUGGGUAGAGGGAAUGAACAAAACGGGAUUCCACUUACAAGGCUGACUCUUACAAGGCUAACUCUGCUGAUGAGAAGAGGAUCUAGAGCAUUCAAGAAUGGAACAACAGUUGCAGAUGUGUUUGCCAAGGAGUGUGCUAGAAUUAAGGGUUGCAUUCUGAGUGUGGUUCAGUCUGAAGAUCUGAGCUUCUGUGAUCAGGUGAGAGUGAUGACCAACACUGACAUUGUGGCGUCUCCGCAUGGAGCACAGUUAACAAACAUGCUCUUCAUGGACCGGGGCAGUAGCAUAAUGGAGUUCUUUCCCAAAGGAUGGUUAGAACAUGCAGGUAUAGGCCAGUAUGUUUUCCACUAG